UGGAUGCGCCGGGAGCCGGAGCGGGGCUGCGGGGCCGGGGCAGGAUGCGGGGCUCGGUGCUGCGCCGCGCCGUGCCGCUGCUCGGCUGCCUGCUGGCCGCGGCGUCCAGCACAAGACCAGAGUGCAGCAUCAUGCAGGAGAUCGAGGAGGAGCGCAGCCAGUGCCUGGCAGAGCUGACCUGGGACAACCAGACCUCAGGCUGCAGGAGGCAGUGGGACAACAUCACGUGCUGGCCCGAAGCAGAGGUGGGAGAAGUCGUGGUGCGGCCAUGCCCCAAGUACUUCAGAUUCCUGACCUCCUACCUGGGGAAUGUGACCAGGAAUUGUACAAGCCAGGGCUGGUCAGAUGUGUACCCUGCACCCUACGCUGUAGCUUGUGGAUACGAUUCCAACAGCACUCCAGGGGAAGAGCAAACGGCGUUCUACGGAACGGUCAAGACCGGCUACACCAUCGGACACACCCUGUCCCUCAUCGCCCUCACGGCUGCCAUGAUCAUUCUGUGUCUCUUCAGAAAACUACACUGUACUCGAAAUUACAUUCACAUGCACCUCUUCAUGUCCUUCAUCAUGAGAGCCAUCGCAGUCUUCAUCAAGGAUGUCAUCCUGUUUGAAAGUGGGGAGUCCGAGCACUGCUUCGUGAGUUCAGUGGGCUGCAAGGCCAUGAUGGUUUUCUUCCAGUACUGUGUCAUGGCCAACUUCUUCUGGCUGCUGGUGGAGGGGCUGUACCUCCACACCCUGCUGGUCAUCUCCUUCUUCUCGGAGAGGAAGUACUUCUGGUGGUACAUCCUGAUCGGCUGGGGUGCCCCCUCCGUGUUCAUCACUGCCUGGACAAUUGUCAGGAUUUACUUUUUCGAUGUUGGGUGCUGGGAGGAAAUAGUGGAAUCCCCAUUCUGGUGGAUCAUUAAAACUCCUAUUUUGGUGUCUAUUUUGGUGAACUUCAUCCUCUUUAUCUGCAUCAUCCGUAUCUUAGUCCAGAAGCUGCAUUCCCCAGAUGUUGGGCACAAUGAAACCAGCCAAUAUUCGAGGCUGGCCAAGUCCACUCUGCUGCUGAUCCCUCUCUUUGGCAUUCACUACAUCAUGUUUGCUUUCUUCCCUGACAAUUUCAAAGCAGAAGUGAAGCUGGUCUUUGAGCUCGUGGUUGGGUCAUUCCAGGGUUUUGUGGUGGCUGUUCUGUACUGCUUCCUCAAUGGAGAGGUGCAAGCUGAGCUCAAGAGGAAGUGGCGGAGGUGGCACCUGGAGCGGUUCCUGGGCUCGGACAUGAAGUACCACCACCCUUCCCUGGGCAGCAACGGCACCAACUUCAGCACCCAGAUCUCCAUGCUGACCAAGUGCUCGCCAAAGACGCGCCGCUGCUCCGGCUUCCAGGCCGAGUUCUCCCUGGUGUGAGAGGCUCCCCAGGCACUGAGCAUCCAAAACUGGGACACGAGGAU